CUCCCUUUUCACGCAGAAAAUAUCUCAAUCGUCUAGAUUUCUAGUGAGAGACUGUAAAACUUAAAAGUCUCUUUGUAAUAGAGAGAGAAAACUCAAAAAUAUAACUAUGGAAGAUCAAGGUGGUGAGAGAUUGAAAGGAACAGUUAAGUGGUUUAAUGAUACCAAAGGUUUUGGAUUCAUUACUCCGUCUGAUGGCGGUGAAGAUCUGUUUGUUCAUCAAUCGUCAAUCCGUACCGAAGGUUUCCGUAGCCUCGGUGAUGGAGAAGACGUUGAGUUUCAAGUCACUACUGGUGAUGACGGUCGUACAAAGGCUGUUGAUGUGACAGGUCCCAACGAAGGUCCUAUUCAAGGUUCCAAUCGUCGUUCUGGCGGCGGUGGUGGUGGAAGUUAUGGUGGUGGCGGAGGUUAUAGCGGUGGUGGAGGAAGUUAUGGCGGUGGUGGUGGAAGCUAUGGCGGUGGCGGGGGUUACAAUGGUGGAGGAAGGAGAUCUGGUGGUGGUGGAUAUGGUGGAGGAGGAGGAUGGAGUGGCGGAGGUGGCGCAAGUUAUGGUGGAGGCGGCGGAGGUGGAAAUUGCUACAGUUGCGGUGAAGCUGGUCAUAUGGCGCGCGAUUGUUCUAGAGGCGGUGGUGGAGGAAGAUAUGGAGGUGGCGGAGGUGGAGGCGGAGGCGGAGGCGGAGGAGGUGGAUGCUAUUCAUGCGGUGGUGAAGGUCACUUCGCUAGGGAUUGUCCUAAUAAUGCUCGCUGAUCAAUCAGUCUGUUCAAUCAAAAUUAUAAUUUUAAGUUCAUGUUUUCUGUUUCAGGUUGUUUUAAGUUUAUGUUUAUUAUUAGGGUUUAUUUAUGUUCAUUAAGGGUUGUAAUUUUGGAUUUUAGAUGUUGGUUAAUGAUGGGUUGGAGAAAUUGUUUUCUCUCUGCUACUAGUUAUAUUUCGGUUAUGAUGAUUUUUCAUGUUUCAGGGGUUGAUUUGCUUUUGUUGCUGGGGUUUAUGAUGAUGAAUAUAUGUUGAAUGAAUGUAACGGAGAAGGGUAGAAACUAGGAGGGCUCUUUCUGCAGUGUUUUUGGAUGUUUAGUGCUGAUAUUCAAGAGAUUGUUUAAGAUCUUGUUUGUUCUACUGGAAAUCAAUACAUUUUGUUUAUUUUCUUA